AGGGAGAGCGUCCCCGCCCCCUCCCUCCGCGCCGCCGCCGCCGCACGCGCACCGGGCAGAACCGAGCCGCGCGGAUUCACCGCCUGAUCCGUCCUGAACGGCAGCCCGCGGGUCCGGACCGCCGAACCGGGCCGUGUGUGUGUGUGUGUGUGUGUUUGUUCUGCUGUGGACCGGGGGAGCCGCUCUCCCCGCGCACCGACGUCUCUUUAAUGACCGGAUUCGUUUUCUGCUGCGCGAUGUACAUGGACCGAAGCAGCGUGAGCAGAGGCCCCACCUCCUCCACCAGCCCCACCCUGCUGGCUAAGAGCCUCUCUCUGGAGUCGUCCUGCUCUCCAUGUGGCCACCAGGGGGCGCUGGACGCUGACGCUCCCCUGCAGCCCGACUCGAACCCGGGGUCAGAGGAAGGGGCAGAGCAAACGGAGAGCGGUGGGUCGGUGAACGACACGGGGCCACCUGAGCUGCCAGUAACCACGGUAACGGCACCAAACCGGACCCGCCCGCCGCUGCCGGGGCCCAAACCUCAGGUCCCCCCGAAGCCCCCCCACCUGCAGCAGCAAGCCGGAGCAAUGAGGCCACGCCCCCGAGUCCCGGAGAAGUCCCUCCCACCGCCGCCCCCCUGCAGGCCCCUCCCUGCUGACCCCCGGGGGGGCUGGACCCCCCCCAGCCAGGCUGAUGGCACCGCCUCCCCCACCUGCGUCCUGUCGCUCAUCGAGAAGUUUGAGCGUGAGCAGAUCAUCGUGGUGCCGGACAUCAGCGGGGGGGCGCUGUGCCCCCGCCCACUGGACCCCCCCUCCCCUCGAUCUUCAUCACCUCCAUCCUCUGCCUCGCCUGCCCCCCCCCAACCCGGGGGGGCGGAGCCACCCAGUAACCUCACAGAGCAGGAUGACAUCACACAAGGGGCUGCGCUAUGUGAUGAAGAUGAUGAUGAUGAGGAUGAAGAGCUAGCGGCGGCCUGUCAGGACGACGUCCAUCACAAACGUUUGUCCAUGGAGUCAGGCUACAGCGCCUCAGACAAACCGUUGGAGGACGAGGUGGUUACCGUGGAAACAGAGGAGCAGCAGCCCCCUCUGCCUCCGGACCAAUCAGAGCUGCCCUCUGAGCGCCUGUCCCUCCCCUCCUCGCAGACGGACGGGAAGUUGGCCAAUCGGGACAGCGGCAUCGACAGCAUCAGCUCGCCGUCGCACAGUGAGGAGCUCUGCUUCGCCGGCGUAGACGACGGGGGCGUGGCCUAUCCCUGCAGCCCCGCCCUGUUGCCCCGCCUCUCCAGCUCCUCGUCCACUGCCGGCGAGGUGGGAGAGGGGGAGGAGUCCCGGGGGGGGGCGAGGAGGAGGAGGGAUUUCUCUGAGGAGGGGGACAGCGACCUGGAGGAGGAGGCGGAGCUAACUCUGGUUUUGGCCCCGCCCAAACCGGACCGGCAGGAAUCCGUGGAGCUGUCCGUCCAUCAGCGGGUCUUCAACAUCGCCAACGAGCUUCUCCUCACCGAGACCGCCUACGUGUCCAAGCUCCACCUGCUGGACCAGGUGUUCUGCGCCCGCCUGCUGGAGGAGGCGCGCUGUCGCUCCUCGUUCCCCUGUGACGUGGUUCAGGGAAUCUUCUCCAACAUUUGCUCCAUCUACUGCUUCCACCAGCAGUUCCUGCUGCCGGCGCUGCAGAAACGCAUGGAGGAGUGGGACUCCAGCCCGCGGAUCGGCGACAUCCUGCAGAAGCUGGCUCCCUUCCUUAAGAUGUACGGAGAGUAUGUGAAGAAUUUUGACCGAGCCAUGGAGCUGGUGAACAUCUGGAUGGAGAGGUCCGCUCCGUUCAAGGCCAUCGUCCAGGAGAUCCAGAGAGAGGAGCGAUGCGGGAACCUGACGCUGCAGCACCACAUGCUGGAGCCGGUGCAGAGGAUACCCCGCUACGAGCUGCUGCUCAAGGAUUACCUGCACCGCCUCCCGGAGGACGCCCCGGACCACCGGGACGCCCAGAAGUCUCUAGAGCUGAUCGCCACGGCCGCAGAACACUCCAAUGCCGCCAUUAGGAAGAUGGAGCGAAUGAGGAAGCUACUGAAGGUUUAUGAGCUUCUGGGCGGAGAGGAAGACAUCGUCAACCCGACCAACGAACUCAUCAAGGAGGGACACAUCCUCAAGCUGUCCAAUAAGAAUGGAACCACACAAGACCGAUACCUGAUCCUGUUCAACGACCGGCUGCUGUACUGUGUCCCCAAGCUGCGCUUGAUUGGUCAGAAGUACAGCGUCCGCGCUCGCAUCGACGUGGACGGCAUGGAGCUGAAGGAGACCGUCAGCGUCGCUGUUCCCAGCAGAACCUUCCUGGUGUCUGGAAAACAGAGAUCUCUGGAGCUGCAGGCCAGAACGGAGGAAGAGAAGAAGGACUGGAUCCAGGCCAUCCAGGCCACCAUCCAGCGCCAUGAGCAGAGCAUGGAGAGCUUCAGACAUCUCACCUGUACCCUGCGAGACGACGAGUCCACGCCGCCCCACUCCCCGAGCUGCAUGGAGUUGGGAAAACGAGCUCCGACUCCGAUCCGGGAGAAGGAAGUGACUCUGUGCAUGAAGUGCCAGGAGCCGUUCAACUCCAUCACCAAGAGGCGCCACCACUGCAAAGCCUGCGGACACGUGGUUUGUGGAAAAUGCUCGGAGUUUCGCGCUCGCUUGUCGUACGACAACAACCGGACCAACCGCGUCUGCGUGGAUUGCUACGUCACGCUGGUGGGGGCGUCGCCGUCGCCGGGGGCGAUGAGCAGCAGCAGCCAGAGGAGGCGCUCCAUCCUGGAGAAACAGGCCUCGCUGGCCGCAGAGAACAGUGUGAUUUGUAGUUUUCUUCACCACAUGGAGAAGGGCGGGGGGCGGGGCUGGCAGAAGGCGUGGUUCGUCAUCCCGGAGAACGAGCCGCUGGUGCUCUACGUCUACGGCGCUCCGCAGGUGAGCCGCCGCCACCUGGGCCCCUACAGGAGGCUGCGGGUACUGCAGCCAGCACAGGGUUUUUAAUCCAGCCAGUCCAGA